AUGUUUACGUUUCAAAAUAUGAGCUCUAAGCGUCGCAGGGAGGACGACUCCGACUCUGAGGAUGGAGGUGGCUAUGGCUACGGCGGGCAGCAGACGAAGAAAUCGCGGACUUGGUUCAGUGACCCAGUCUCCCAAAGCCAUGCACAGAACCCAUCACAGCAGUGUCUACCACUCAGGCCUACACUUACGCCGCCGCACAUGUCCUCAGAUAUUGGCACAAUGCUGCCGCCACGACGUGACUACGGAGCACGAGACUCUCCAGAUUCCACAUAUGGCGAACCUGCACAUUCUUCGCUGUCAAACGACCUCGACAUAGACAUGGAUGACGACGACUUUGACGUCAGGAGCCAGCCUCAAUCACCAUAUGGCAGCAAUGUCUUUAUGCGACCAGCGAUGUUGAAUGCGUCACUGUUUGGUGCAGAUCCAGUCAGUACAUCCAACGGUCGAAUACCUACACCUAUACAUCCCACUUUUAAGCGGGGAGGCAUGAAUGGCUUAGGCCUCCCGACGAGCGGUUCUGCCGGUGGUCUAAAUACAGGCUUGGCCGUACCACCAUUGCAAGCGCCCACGUCACGGAAGAACAGCAGGCAUGAGAUGGAAGAAGAUCGGAGUAGACGCAUGCCCUCUCCCAUAUCGGAAGACGAAGAUAUCCCCGAUACACCUACCGAACUCACGCAAUCACAGUUGUCGCGGCUUAGUUUCUCGCAGGCGAACUCUACAGACGAAAUGGAUAUGGAAAUGGCUCCUACUUCACUACAAUUACCACCAACGCCACGAGGUAGGAAACGGAGCGGUGCCUUGACCGGCAUGGGACGUUUUAGCAUGGGCUACCGGGAAGAUUGCGAGAAGUGUCGUCAACGGGUGCCUGGACACUAUUCGCAUUUCUUGUGA